ACAUGAACAAGCAGCAGUACUGUGAGUCUAGAGAAGAGUGAUGAGUAAAGAUGCACGGGCAGCGUCGCAUCUUCCUGCUCGCCUACAUGGUGGCUGCUGCUAUCACUGUCUCUCUGACUUUCAACAUUGAUACAAAAAAUCCAGAUGUCCACAUUGGUGAAAAAAAAGAUUUCUUUGGAUACAAAGUGCUUCAAAGUGCAGACAAAAGGAUAAUCGUAACCGCACCACUGCAGAAAAAUGGAUCCGGGGGAAUAUGUACAUCCAACCAAAACAAAGAAAUCGAGUGCUUCAACCCAGAAGACCAAGAAAUACCAAUCAAGCACUUCGGCCUGUCAAUAGCUGGAAACAUCCAUCGCUCCAAAUUCACUGUGUGCAGUCCGAGUGUAGUCCACGAAUGUAAUGGGAACUCCUAUGUGAACAGCAAGUGCUACAACAUCAUAGAACAACUUGAUGAAAAGUCCUCUUACAGACCUGCUUUCCAAGAAUGCACAAAAAAGACGGUGGACCUUGUCUUUUUAUUCGAUGGAUCAUUGAGUAUGUCCGGAGAUGAGUUCAACCAAAAUAAAGUCUUCAUAGUAGAUAUAAUGAACAGCCUUAAGAACUCUUCAAUCAAGUUUGCAGCAGUUCAGUUCUCCACAGAUAAUCGAACAGUUUUUGACUUCAACGACUACCAAGCUGGACACGAUCGCGAUAAACUUAAAAAUGAAAAGCAUAUGAAAUCUCUCACUAACACACACAAAGCCCUCACAUUUGUGUUGGAUGAAGUCUUGGAAAACACAACGGCAGGUGCUUCUACAGAUGCCACUAAAGUUGUGGUACUAAUCACGGAUGGAAAUCCCAGCGAUCCAGAUAGCCACUAUGGCAUCAUUAAAAGAUAUAAUGAUAAAAACAUCAUUCGCUUUGUCAUUGGGGUCAAGGUAAACGAUCUGGACAAAUUCAAAGCCAUCGCUUCAGAACCAACAGAAAAAUAUGCCUUCAAAAUUGAAAACUAUAACGGACUGAAAGGUGUGCUGGAAGACUUCCAGAAAAAGAUCUUUACAAUGGAAGGCUCCAAAGUGGCUCGUGCAGGCGAAAUGACCAAUGAAAUGGCUCAGAGUGGAUUCAGUGCUGCCUUCUACAAGGACACAAUAAUUCUUGGUUCGGUGGGGUCAAAGAGCUGGCGCGGGUCUCUUCAAGACCGUCGUGAACAAAUGGAAACUCAAAUCGAAGAUCCACUCAUGGAGAUGGACUCCUACAUGGGAUACUCUGUUGCUGUGGGAGAGAAGAACGGCGCUGCUCUAUACUUCGCGGGGGCCCCGAGGUUUCAGCACAAAGGACAGGUUGUACUUUUCAGCUACAAUAACAAGAACUGGACUGCAACCCAAAACGUUCAUGGGGACCAGAUCGGUUCCUACUUUGGUGCAGAGUUGUGCUCAGUAGAUGUCAACUCAGAUGAUAACACAGAUUUCUUGCUGGUGGGAGCUCCAAUGUAUUAUCAGCUUCUGGAGAAGAAAGAAGGCAAGAUCUACAUCUACAUGGUGACUGAUGAGAUAUAUAAAUUGAAAGGUGUGCAGAAUGUGUCCGCACCAUUCAUGGGGAGAUUUGGUUCCACCAUAUCCAGUCUUGCAGAUUUAAAUGGAGAUGCACUCAGAGAUGUCGCUGUUGGAGCCCCCCUUGAGAAUGAUAAUACGGGGACUGUGUACAUUUACCUGGGGGACAGACACAGAGGGAUACGCAGCACUUUCAGCCAGAAAAUCAUGGGACAGGACAUAACGUAUGGGCUGAGAUUCUUUGGUCAGGCCAUUGAUGGGUACAUGGACCUUGGAGAGGAUGGACUCCCAGAUAUUGCUAUCGGAUCACAGGGCACUGUGGUUGUCUUACGGUCCAGGCCGGUCUUUAAUGUCACUGCCGAUCUGUCUUUUCAACCUAACAAGAUAAGUACUGAAGACAUUUUCUGCUCGGGCAACGACAACAACAACGUUUUAGAAAUGGUGAACCUGACAGCCUGCUUUGAUAUGGUAGGAACAACUGAGCUCCAAUCAGAGGCAGCGGGCUCUGGCAUGAACAUUUCCUACAUGCUACAUGUGGAUCCAUUGAGACAAACAUCUCGAGGUUUCUUUGAUCCAGAAAACAAGAAAACUAGAAAUCUUAUCUCUACCUACGAACUGACGGACAAAGUCACCUGCUUCAACUUCUCCAUCCACAUGCCAGUAUGUGUGAAAGACACGUUAUCACCAAUCAGCAUCAAAUUAAACUUUUCCCAAGUUGACAGCGAGGAUGGGGGUGCAAUCCUGAACAUUGACAGCAAAAGGCACGCCGAUGUCGACAUUCCCUUUGAAAAGCACUGUAGAAAAAAUGACGCCUGUAUUGCCGAACUUGCCGUGGAUUUCAACUUCACGACUCCAACAUUGUUGGUGGCAAAAGAUAACUACUUCAACGUGACUAUUAAACUGUCCAAUUAUGGAGAUGAUUCCUACCACACCAGCCUAACCAUGCACUAUCCCGAGGGCCUGUCCUUCUCUAGGAUGACUCUAGUGGAGGCCACAAGACCCACAGUCUACAGCUGUCAAGAUCUAGAGGGAGUACUUGACAAAACCACAUGUGGUGUCAGCCGUCCUGUGUUUCGCAGCCGUUCAACCGCAACCUUUCAAACGUCAUUCCACAUCGUGGAUGCGUAUGAGUGGGAAGACACCCUUACGAUGAACGUUACUGGUGAAAGUGAUAAUACAAACUCCUCCAUGAUGGCUUUCCUGACCAAAAGCAUCCCGGUGCAAUUUGAAAUUGAAAUGGCAGUAAUAGUGAAGGAUGACUCUAUCAACUAUAUGAACUUCACAACAAAGGACACUGGACCUAAACAAAUUGUUGCUAUAUACAAGAUAGAGAAUCUUGGUUUCAAGAACUUUCCUGUCAACGUGUCCCUGAUCUUCCCCACUAAACUGGAGCAUAACUUCGAAAUGACAAACUAUCAAGUCUUUGUCCAGGAGAACAAAACUCAAUGCUCAGCCGUUGCUAACAAAACAUCCGAAUACUGUUCGACGGAAAAAAGUUGCAAAAUGAUAGUGUGCGACAGAUUCAUCCUGAAUGAAUUUCCCGUUGAGUUCACAUUGUCAGGAGACGUACAAUUCAAGGAUCUCCAGCAGCACGCGGCGGAUAUUCCCUUUCUUUCGCGAUAUUCUUCAGAUGGCAGCGAGGUUAAAUUUAGGAGCUCUAUUCACGUCGACUACGACAGGCAGCGAUAUGUGCUGCACUCCCAUAAAGAACAGACGUCCGGCAACGAUCCAACAGUGAAACAGACUGAAGUCCGGGUUGAGUUCAUAAUCCCCCCGGAUAAAAGAGUGAUCAUUUCAACUGGAGUUGGAUUGGGAUUGGUGCUUCUGUUUAUAAUCACUGGCAUCAUGUUCAUGUUGGGUUGCUUCAAGAGGAAAAAAAUACCCGAGUUAAAUAAAGAGGUGGAGCAGGGCGAUGCUCUUCAAGCGGGCGCUUCUGCACAGGCCACACCCGCCCCCGCCAGCGAGGGGGUCAGCCAAUCAGAGACUAGCGGCAAAUGUGACAAACCCUCAGAGGAAGACGCGCUCCUUGGUAAUGGAAACAACAGCACCUCCCCCGCAGCGGAUGGCAAAGAGGAGGAGCUGGAUUAGAGGGCUGCCUGCAUUGUGAGACACAGCGGGUCAUUUUAAAGUGCUUCAUGAAGUUUGUUGUCAACAGAGUUUUGAGACAUUAUAAUGUUUUGUUUAACAGCAUCGUAGCGAGUAGUGUUUGUCCAUCAAUAGUUGAGGUGGCUAAGUAGAAAACCUCACCUGUUAAAUCCCCAUCUGGUAUUAGGAGGAGAUCAAAACUCUGUUAAAUCUGCCCUCUGUCUAGAGCAAACUCUCAUCAACUCCGUUCAUGCGCCGUAGCUACAAGAAUUAACAACAUCUGAAUGCAAAAACAACGGGAAAACAUUUAUUCAUCAAAUCAUAACAUGGUGAAAUGCUUUUAUAUAUAUUAUUCAUUUUAAAGAUGCACUGCACACAUAAGCAUGUUUUUGUUGAUGAUACACAUCAAAUGUGUCAUUUGCAUUGAGUGUAAAAAAAAUUACAUUUCCUCUGUUGAUUUAAAUCAUAUUUGGUUUUGUGUAAAUGGGUGCAAUAAGAUAUACUAUGAAU